UUUUCCGACCUCAAAUCCGCCUCCCCACCCUUCUUCUCCUCUUCCUUUGACCUUUUCCUCCGACCUUUUCUUCCCUAUCUCCCUCCGCCUUUCUUUCUCCUCUCUUCCGUGUCCUCCUUCCUGACCUCUUCGCCGCCUUCCCACGCUUCCUGACACACACCUCUUCAUCUCACAACUUCCAAUUGUUUUCUCAUUGUCACGAAGAUAAUGUCCUCUCCCGCCCCUUCCGCUGCUCAGCCUGCAGAGGUGUCGCCCCAGCAGGCCGUCAACACGUCCUCUGACGCAGCCAAUGUGACCGAGACGUCGCUCGACAAUGGAGCCGCUGUUACGGCUGCCGACGACUCUGGCGUUGCCCCCAAUGCCUCUCCCGUUGCCAGUGGUCCCAAGGCCUUUACCCUGCGAGCCCUUGUGAGCACAAAGGAGGCAGGCGUCAUCAUUGGCAAAGGCGGCGCAAACGUCGCCGAGCUCCGCGACCGGUCCGGUGUCAAGGCUGGUGUCAGCAAGGUUGUUCCCGGAGUUCACGAUCGUGUUCUUAGCGUCAGCGGCACGCUGGAGGGUGUUGCCAAGGCCUACUCUCUGAUCGCGGCCACCAUCCUCGACAACCCUCUGACUCCGGGCGCUCCUGCUGCGCCCACCGGUGCGAGCGCGACGGGUCAGACAACGAUUCGUCUGCUCAUCUCACAUAACCUCAUGGGCACCGUCAUUGGUCGCCAGGGGCUCAAGAUCAAGCACAUCCAGGACACCUCGGGCGUGCGCAUGGUUGCCUCCAAGGAAAUGCUGCCCUCGAGCACCGAGCGCAUCGUCGAAGUCCAAGGCACCGUCCAGGGCAUCGAGGUCGCCGUCGAGGAGAUUGGACGCUGCCUCGUCGAGGACUGGGAGCGCGGUCAGGGCACCAUCCUCUACCACCCUGGUCUCGAAGUCGCUGGCCCCGGUGUCCUCGCCGCUGGAGGCGAAGGCGGUCUGCAGCCCCAGGGAGGAAGGAGGAUCUCCACGGCACCGGGCGCACCCAUGGCGCUGACGCCCAACCAGAGCCACCGCAAGUCGAAUGUCAACGGUGCCGGCCCCGGUUCUUCUCCCUCGGCCGCCGUUGCCUCUGCUGCUGCGGCCGCUGCCUCUGCCGCCUCUGCCGCAUCCGCUGCUGGCGUGCCCAGCGCUGCCGCCGUCAACCCCGGCGGCGGCCUGGCUGGCAACGGCGCCAGCUCCCCUGCCCAGGUCGUUGACGGAGAGACGCGCAUCCAAAACAUUAGCAUCCCCUCGGACAUGGUCGGCUGUAUCAUUGGUAAAGGAGGAAGUAAAAUCACCGAGAUCCGAAGACUGUCGGGCUCGCGCAUCUCGAUCGCAAAGGCGCCCCACGAUGAGACGGGAGAACGCAUGUUCACGAUCCAGGGCACCGCCGAGAGCAACGAAAAGGCCCUCUUCCUCCUCUACAACUCGCUCGAGGGCGAGAAGGAGAGGAGGGCGAGCGCCGCCGCCGCCGCCGCAGCCGCUCAGGAAAAGGGCGAGCAGGCCGCCCCCGCCGAGGCAAGCGAGGCUUAGAAAUCCAGAAAGAAUCCGUCAACCUAAUCUUCUGGCCGUCUCUUCUAUCUAGCCCAAAGGGGGGUGCAUGUAUUCGUUCCGAUGAUCACACAGCCAGAAAUGAAAAUUGGAGGUACAGAUUUGUAGCAAUCGGAGGUGUUGAGGAAGGGCAGCUGGCGUCCAUGCCCGAACAAAUUUCCUAUC